GCUCUUGAACAGGGAAUCGUAUUACUGCAGGAACUUUGCUGAAACAAAGAAGAGAUAUUGAACAAAUGGGAAAUUACAAAUCUAGACCAACCCAAACUUGCACCGAUGAAUGGAAGAAGAAAGUCAGUGAAUCGUAUGCUGUUAUCAUGGAGCGGUUAGAAGAUGACCUGCAAAUCAAAGACAAGGAGCUGGCGGAACUGAAGCACGUUUUUAGCUCUGAUGAAGCCUUCUGCAAAGUCAAUUUAAAUUACCGCACAGAUAAUGGGCUCUCUCUUCUUCAUUUAUGCUGCAUAUGUGAGGGUAACAAGUCACAUAUAAGAACGCUUAUGCUAAAAGGGCUACGCCCAUCCAGAUUAACAAGAAAUGGAUUUACUGCUCUGCACUUGGCAGCUUAUAAGGACAACACAGAACUUAUAACAGCACUGCUGCAUGGUGGAGCUGACGUUCAGCAAGUUGGAUACGGAGCUCUGACAGCCCUUCACAUUGCCACCAUAGCUGGGCAUCACCAGGCUGUUGAUAUUCUUUUGCAGCAUGGAGCUUAUGUGAAUGUUCAGGAUGCAGUUUUUUUCACCCCGUUGCACAUUGCUGCAUAUUAUGGCCAUGAACAGGUAACUCAUCUCUUGCUGAAGUUUGGAGCUGACGUGAAUGCAAGUGGGGAAGUUGGAGAUAGGCCUCUCCAUUUAGCUUCUGCCAAAGGCUUUCUCAAUAUUACAAAGCUGCUGAUGGAAGAAGGAAGCAAAGCUGAUGUGAAUGCUCAGGACAAUGAAGACCAUGUUCCUCUGCACUUCUGCUGUCGAUUUGGGCACCACGAAAUUGUGAAGUUCUUACUGCAGAGCAGCUUCGAAGUUCAGCCCCACGUGGUUAACAUCUAUGGAGACACACCGUUACACCUUGCUUGUUACAGUGGGAAGUUUGACGUGGUCAAAGAAAUGAUUCAACUCUCAGGAACAGAAAGCCUCACCAAGGAGAACAUCUUCAGUGAAACAGCUUUCCACAGUGCCUGCACCUAUGGAAAGAACAUAGAGCUUGUAAAAUUCCUUCUCGACCAGAAUGUCGUAAGCAUCAAUCACCAGGGAAGAGAUGGACAUACAGGACUGCACUGUGCUUGCUACCAUGGCCAUAUUCGUCUGGUGCAGUUUUUGCUGGAUAAUGGAGCUGAUAUGAAUCUGGUCGCUUGUGAUCCCAGCAGGUCCAGUGGAGAAAAGGAUGAGCAGACCUGCUUGAUGUGGGCUUAUGAGAAAGGUCAUGAUGCCAUUGUGACCCUUCUGAAGCACUACAAAAGGCCUCAGGAUGAAUCACCCUGUAACGAAUACUCACAGCCUGGAGGAGAUGGUUCCUAUGUGUCCGUUCCAUCCCCUCUGGGAAAGAUUAAAAGCAUGACUAAAGAAAAGGCAGAUGUGCUCCUCCUCCGUGCUGGUUUGCCAUCACACUUCCAUCUUCAGCUCUCUGAAAUAGAGUUCCAUGAGAUCAUUGGCUCAGGGUCUUUUGGAAAAGUAUAUAAGGGGCGAUGCCGAAAUAAAAUCGUAGCAAUUAAACGCUAUCGAGCCAACACGUACUGCUCCAAGUCUGAUGUGGACAUGUUUUGCCGUGAAGUUUCCAUUCUCUGUCGACUGAAUCAUCCAUGUGUCAUCCAGUUUGUUGGAGCGUGUUUGGAUGACCCAAGUCAGUUUGCUAUUGUCACUCAGUACAUUUCAGGAGGAUCACUCUUCUCCCUGCUUCAUGAACAGAAGAGAACUCUUGAUCUGCAAUCUAAGUUAAUAAUUGCUGUAGACGUUGCCAAAGGGAUGGAGUACCUCCACAACCUCACACAGCCGAUCAUACACCGCGAUUUGAACAGUCACAAUAUCCUGCUGUAUGAGGAUGGACAUGCAGUUGUUGCUGAUUUUGGAGAAUCAAGAUUUUUGCAAUCCCUGGAUGAAGACAACAUGACAAAACAGCCCGGGAACCUGCGCUGGAUGGCCCCCGAGGUGUUCACUCAGUGCACGAGGUACACCAUAAAAGCUGACGUGUUCAGCUAUGCUUUGUGUCUCUGGGAGCUGCUAACAGGAGAAAUUCCAUUUGCUCACCUAAAGCCGGCGGCAGCAGCAGCAGACAUGGCGUACCACCACAUCCGCCCACCCAUUGGGUACUCCAUCCCCAAACCCAUCUGUGCGCUGCUGAUGCGGGGCUGGAAUGCCUGCCCGGAGGGCAGACCAGAAUUCUCAGAAGUGGUCACAAAGUUAGAAGAAUGUCUGUGCAACAUUGAGUUGAUGUCUCCAGCCUCCAGCAACAGCAGUGGCUCUCUGUCUCCCUCCUCGUCCUCAGACUGUCUUGUUGCACGUGGAGGACCUGGCCGCAGUCACGUCGCAGCAUUACGCAGUCGUUUUGAGUUGGAAUAUGCUUUGAAUGCAAGAGCUUACGCUGUCUGGUCACAGAGCACUGGGCAACACCCUUCUCAGGGUCUGUCUCUGGAUGACAUGAGGAGAAACUUCCAGUACCCUCCCAUUGACAAAAAUGGUGAGUUAUUGCAGAAUGCUCCUCCUAGCAUCUCAGUGUGGUUAACCAGUACAGAGCUGCAGUUUUCUGACAGCCUGAUAAGAAAGCUGAUGUUCAGUGCGCACUGCAAGUUACAGCCAGCGGGAGCUUGUGAGGUCUCACCCCAUUCUCCUGCUUUGUGCUCAGUUGUGAAGCAGCAGUAAAUCCCUGCUCCGUGACUUUCUGUGUAGCAAUAUAGAAGUGGGCAUACCUAUCAAGUAUGUGAUUUUUUUUUCUUUUGAAAGGCUCCAGCUGCCAUCUCACAGUCCUGCUCAUUCCACCAGCACAAGCUGAUCUGUUUGCCUGAACAUCCUAAGAUGCUUCAGGGCCAUGUUGACAACGUGUCACUUCCCUGUUUAUGUGCUGGCACAGCCAGAGCUCAUCCCCUGUGACUGCAGCAUUCAGUGAGCAAACCUGAGCACAGCACGCCACAGUUACCUUCACCCUGUGCCCACACCACAGAUGGUGCUUCCUACCUCUGCCCAGAGCCAUGCAGACAGUCUGGCUCUUCCCAGCCCCCAGGCAUCAGAAUCCAGGAAACCCUGAAUGCAUAGCAAAGCAGGAAAGUAUUUUCUAAUAUGAUCAUUCAUGGAUGUCAGAGUGUUGCUGGUAUGCUCAGCAGUGCAAGGUGUGAAACAAAGCUCUGAUAUGCUCUUCCAAAAGGGCCACAGAUCAGGCAAAGACUGAGGCUUUGACACUGCCCAUAUCAGUGAUCGCUGUUUGUCUGCUUUGCCCAUCACACAAAAAUGGUGGGAACCAGGGGCUGAUGGUGGAGAACAGCAGCAACAUCAGUGCCAAGAAGCAGAGCUGGACACUGAAGGACAGCACAGACUUGUGAGGAAUAGUGUGAGGAUGAGUGAGAUCUCCUUAAGGCAGUGCUUCAUAGCCCAGCUCUCACAGUACAGCAGGCCCUGAUUAGAAGAUAAACCAAGGUUCCCUAUGGCUUACAACUUUACAAUGUAGUAGCAUCAGGACCAAAUGUAUUUAAAAUCAGAUGCUAGGAUGCUGGUUCUGAGCUUUCUCAAGCCCUCUUUGAAAGGGAAAAAUGAGGUAUUUUUAAUGCCAGAUUCCCACUGUGCUAUUAAAACAAUGAGAUUCAUUGUUGUGCCACUCACCCAAGCUUCUCUCUACCUAUCAUGACCUCUUUCCCUGAAUGAUUGGUCUGCUUACUUCCUAUUUAGAUUUUUCCUCUGUAGAUGAUAGUGGAGAUUUGCACACAGCAAAAAGGUAUCCGUGUGGUCUGAGCUUCGCUCUGCACCUUGCAGGUUAUGUGUCGGAUCCCAUGAGCACCAUGAGGUUUCACUCCUGCAGCAGCAGCUUUGAGGAAAGCAGCUGAGAGCAGCACACAAUGCCAGGAAUUGGGCAGAAAGAGUCAGACUGGGCAGCCCUGCAUAGAACCCCUUCACCUGCUGGUGGUGAGCAUCCCUAUGACGAGCUAUGUGCCAGCACCUGCUGCUGCUGACAUGGAGGAGGCAGCUUCUUUUGGUGGCAACAGAGGCACUCCAAAACAAACCUUUAACCAGAAGGAAAACCUGAAAUGAAGCCAGCUUAGAAAACAAAAUACAAAGCAGGGCAACAGACUGCGCUUACAUCCAUACCAAUAUGUGCCCUCCUGUGGCUGCUUUAUACAUCUCCUGGUAACAUAUCAAUAGCAGACACUUGAAAAUAACAGGAAAAACUUCUACGAUCUGAAAAGCUCUUUACAGGGCCAAGUGCUUGUAAACAACUUUACUGGUAAUUAAAAUAGCUGGCACCUUGAAGAAA